AGAGUAAACAAUUGGAGUUGGGCGAUAAGAUGGAUCUGGCCAGUUACCUAUUGAAACCAGUACAAAGAAUGGGAAAAUACGCUCUAUUAUUGCAGCAAAUGAUGAAAGCUUGUCCCGAAACGCUCCUGAACUCAUCUGAAAGGUCUAUUCAAGAAAUUGAGGACCUCAAACUAGCCGAAGAGAUGGUGAAGUUUCAGUUGAGACAUGGCAAUGAUUUGCUGGCCAUGGAUUCGAUUAGGGAAUGUGAUGUAAAUUUGAAAGAACAGGGUCGCCUCUUAAGGCAAAACGAAUUCUUGGUUUGGGAAGGAAAAAGUGGGAAGAGGUCACUUAGACAAGUUUUCCUAUUCGAAGAGUUGAUACUAUUCAGUAAAGCACGAAGGUUUCCUGAUAGAAAGAACUUGGACCUCUACAUUUACAAGAACAGUAUCAAGAUGACGGACAUUGGUUUAACGGCGAAAAUCGGUGAAAGCCCCACAAAAUUCGAGAUUUGGUUCAGAAAACGUAAGCCUAAUGACACGUUCACCUUGCAGUCUAUGACAGAGGACGUGAAAAAGAUUUGGACGGAAGAACUAUCACAACUGCUAUGGAAGCAAGCUAUAAAAAAUAGAGCUGUACGUAUGGCAGAGAUGUCUUCCAUGGGAAUUGGAAACAAACCUUGUCUAGACAUCAGACCCAGCGAUAACCAAAUCAGCGAUAGGUCAAUAAGCUUUGCUCAACUAAGUCGAACUGUUCCGAGGUUCCGUAACUCCAUAGUGGGCCCGGUGACAGAAGCGUGUCGGAACGUCAAACGCCCCCAUUCAGUGAUAUCUAUGUCGAGCGUUUCGUCAAGUAGCACCAGUUCUGGAGGGUCAGCAGGCACGCCGACAGGUCAAGGCGGCUCCAUCGGUCAUGGCAGUUAUGAGUCAACUUGCGAUAGUCCUAAGCCGUAUCACAAGUCUGCAACCUUGAAUAGCCAAUGUUCAGUAGUACAAUUGAGAUUGGUACUACUGAAAGACUGUCAAAAUCUACCAGCACCAGUAUUGCCAAGAUGACACCUUCUAUCCAUUGUGAUACUCGUAGAACUUUUAUUUUGAGAGUGGCAUCAUAGCAGACAUUUCGGUAGCUUCAGAUGAAUCGUUCGAUCCAGCAAACGCCGGCUUGUAGAAUUUAGUCAUGUUUGCAUUUAAAAUGCAUGUUUGGCUGUUUUAAGUCAAUAUUACACCACGUGCCAGGUAUAUACCAUUUAGCUUUAAGUUGAUAUUUUAAAAAAGCAUAUAACUUAUAUGUAAUAAUUUUUUAUUCACUUUAUGUCAAUGUAUAUAAUUUAAACGUUAUUGUAAUUUAUUCGAUAAUAUUUUAUAUUUUUUGUCAGAUCUUUAUAGUAUAUUUUGAGCUAUAUCCAGACCAGCUACGUACCUUAUAUUAUCGCUAUCUUCAAGCAACCUACAGUAAAUAUAAUUUAUUUUAUUCCUGUACUUAAAAAUACCAGUUCGAUUGUCACAAUGCAGAAAUUCACUACAGCUUUAGAAAAUUGACCACUUUUGUAUAUAUUUUUACAUUGAUAGUACCUUGAUAGAAAAAAUAUUAACACUAAUAAAUACCUAGACCCUAAUAACAAAAACUGUAAAUGCAUGGAAGGACUUUUAUAUUAUACUGUAGUCAUAUUAAAGAAGAAAUAAAU